UAUGAUCUUAUACACUGCAAACGGUUCAUUAUUAGUAGCAACUGAUUCCACUAUGUGACUGAGUUUUUUUCAAAGUUCAAAAAUGGAAGUUAAAACUUGGUGCGUGAUUUAUGGGUUUUGUUUUAUAACUUUGUUGAUUCAAAGUUCAACAGGAAAUCCUGUUAAGGAUGUAAAGAAGAUUACUAUGGUUGAAUUAAGGGAUAUAGUAGCCAAAGUACCUACAGGAGAAAGGAAGGCUUUUAUUAAAGCCAAAAUUGAUUUGGGAUAUAGGAUUCAGCAGCUUGGCGAAUCAACGGAUGACCAAGAAGAAGCUACCCUAGCGGUUCAAAUAUUUAAUUAUUUCGUGGAAAAUCAGGAAGCCAUUCUUCAAAGGAAGCAAAUUACCGAUUCUAUCAUAGUAGCUGAAACCGUCUGUUAUCCAGAGCCUAUUGGUUGUAUUGAUCCGGACGAUCCUGGAAUUAGACCUUAAAAUUCAACGUUUCAGUAAAUAACCGUAUGUGAUUUUCAUGAUUACAAAAGGAAUAAUAAAUUAAUUAUAGGUGUAUUUUAUUGCUCAAAAAUAGAUGUAUUUAAUAUAUAAUAUUUGUUAAUAUAA